CGCUAUAGGUAUAUAUAUAUAAAACGCAUUUCAUCUUCUCCUGCUUCUCAUUAACAUACCCACUGCUAGCUACAACCAAACCUUUCUUCUUAAUGGCCGCCAAACGCUUUCACCAUGAUUCUGAUCAAGACACUAAUAAGCCAGGCGACAAACGGAUGAGACCUACUAGACCUUCUUUUGCUUCGGUAAUAGGAGAAGUGGUUAUGGUGAAAAACUUGCAGAACCUUUUCUCAGGCUUGGAGCCCUUGCUUAGAAGAGUGGUGAAUGAAGAGGUGGAGCGAGCGAUGAGGCAUUGUGUGCCACGUUCAAUAACAAGGUCCCCUUCGUUGAGGAUCCAAGCAAUGGAGCAACCAUCGAGCUAUGAACUCAUGUUCAACAAGAACCUUUCGCCCCCUAUAUUCACGGGUAGUAAGAUAAUGGGCAAUGAUGGAAGCCCCAUCCAGGUGGUUCUGACCGACAAAAGCGAUGGUCAAAUGGUUCCAACGAGUCUUCCAUACCCCAUAAAGCUAGAAAUAGUGGUGCUUGAUGGAGAUUUUCCUAACAAGGAGUCUUGGACCAGUGAGGAGUUCAACAACCACAUAGUGAAGGAGAGAACGGGGAAGAGGCCGUUGCUCACAGGAGAGUUGAAUCUGACCAUGAGGGAUGGGAUUGCACCAAUUGGGGACAUUGAGUUCACUGAUAAUUCUAGUUGGAUACGUAGCCGGAAGUUCCGAGUUGCUGUUAGAGUGGCUCCUGGGAGCAAUCAAAGUGUUCGAAUUCGUGAAGGCAUGACUGAAGCAUUUGUUGUUAGGGAUCAUCGUGGUGAAUUGUACAAGAAACAUCACCCACCUAUGCUCCACGACGAAGUGUGGCGCCUAGAGAAGAUUGGUAAAGACGGAGCUUUCCAUAAAAAAUUGACCAAAGAGGGGAUUUCCAGCGUGCAAGACUUUCUCAAGUUAUCCGUUGUUGAUCCUCAUAAGCUCAGAAAGAUUUUGGGCGUUGGAAUGUCAGAGAGAAUGUGGGAUGUGACAAUGAAGCAUGCAAAAACUUGCGACAAGGGCAACAAAUUCUACGUGUACCGUGGGCCUAAUUGUACCAUCUUUCUUAAUGCCAUAUGCCAGUUGAUUAGAGCUGAAAUCGGUGGCCAAAGUUUCCCUGGCAGAGACCUAAGCAACAUGACCAGGGGUUAUGCAGAGAAAUUGGUGAGAGAAGCAUAUAAUAGAUGGAAUGACUUGGAGGAAAUUGAUGGGGCUCUGUUAAACCAAGGUGAAACAGUGGAGCAAUUUCCAAACAAUCACCAAGCAUCAGUAAUAGAAUAUGAACAUAACGACUAUUUUGGUGAUAAACCUGCAGAAGCUGGCAACUAUAUAUCAAACCAUAAUGCACAAAUUGGGUGCAGUGAGUGGCCAGUGAAUGCAACAUUUGGCACAACAUCAUUCAUAAGUGGCAUGCCUUUCAGCUGCUCAGAGUCACUAUCGGACAGUGACAUAACGCCCUCCGUUGAUGGUGCCGCAAGGUGGCAUUAGCAAAAUUUUACUACUUUCACUUUCAUUCAGCUGUAUAUAAACCAGUUAACAGUUGAAGAAUCAAUUAGGUUUAGUGACUUAGUGUGAGGUGUAAAGCCUAAGCCUGUAUUGGCUUAUAUGGGCUCAACCUUUGCUCUUUCUAGUUAGACGUAGUGAAUUGUCAGGCCCAUUUCAAGGAUCUGUGCAAACACGAGGCCUGCCUCUUCUUCUCCCGCAAAAAAAUGCAACCUGCCUUUACAGUGCCAGUGUUGCUAUGUUUUACCACAAUUUAAGCAAUGAUGAUGCAUUUUUGGUUUUGGUUUG